UGUCUCGUUAGGUGUCAGUAGACACUUCUAAUUGUUUACUGCUGCUCAUCUUCGUCACACUGCCUGCUGGUGCCUGGUGGGCGGUUUCAUCGCCCUUCACGGAACUUUCUCAUGCUGCAACCCCCACAUGAUACCUCAUAACAAAUACAGCAUCACAACUUCGUUUCACUUUACUCUCAUUGCGGAACUUAUUCACAGUGAACGGAUUUGCUUUCACUCAAAACGUUUCUCUCUAUCCUCAACAAUCUCUGACAAAUAUGAAUAUGUAUCAGUUCAAACCAUCCUUGCAGCCUAAACUGACCCUGGACUGGAUCUUUCACUUACGUCAAGUGAUUUUUAUUUAUUUAUUUUUCGGACUUCUCCCGCUGGCACGUCAUUCGUUGGGCUUCAGUUUAGAGGCACUGCAUGCCAGAGUUUUCACUGAGCCCGAGGGUGGCUCUCAUUUCGGUCAUAGGGUUUGCCAUUUUGGACCAACACGAGGAGACAGUGUGUUGGUGACAGCCCCUCACCUUCAUAAUGGAACUGGUGGUCUUUACAGGUGUUCUUACAGUGGUAAUAAAUGCAUGCUGCUCCCAGUGACAGUUGAUCCAGGCAUUGCCUUUGGCUUAUCUCUUGCCUGUGAUGAAGAUCAAGCUAUUGUGUGUGGUCCUCGUUUGAUGCACAAAUGUGAGGGGUUUAACUAUCUUAAUGGUCAGUGUGUGGAGAUCAGCCCUCACUUCACUGCUGCUGACAUGAUGAAGCCAGCUUUCCAGGAGUGUCAUGAUAUUCCCCCGCUGGAUGCAAUUAUUCUGUUUGAUGACUCAGGCAGUAUUACCGCAGAAAAUUUUGAAACAAUGAUCAGAUUCAUCAAGAAUUUAAUUGCCUUGUUCUUGGACACACGAGCCCAGGUGGCAGUGGCCAAGUUCUCCACCAGAGUUUCGGCCGUCUUUCAUUUUGAGAACUUUGCCGUGAAUCGAGACCCAGACCAACUAAUGAAAGAUGUGACCCAGGCACAGGGAGAUACGUACACGCCUUCUGCAAUACGUUUUGUACUUGAAGAGAUGUUUUCCGAGACUGUGGGAAUGCGAAGCAACUCUCAGAAGUUAUUGCUGGUGAUCACUGAUGGAAAAUCAAAUGACCCCAAAGAGGAAUUUAAGAAUGUAAUCCUGAAAGCAAAUGAACGAAACAUCACACGAUUUGCCAUUGGGGUUGGUAAGGAGUAUUCUCAUCCUGAGCUGGAGGUGAUUGCUUCGUCUCCUAAGUUUGUGUUUGAGACAGAGAGUUUCAGUGCUCUCACCACGAUCCUAAACCAACUAAGAGAAAAAAUAUUCUCCAUUGAAGGAACUGACAUGGGGAACUUCAGCUCUUUUCAGAUGGAAUUAUCACAGGGUGGCUUCAGUGUGGCCCUCUCUGAGGGUUUGAGGAUGUUUGGAACGGUUGGAGCAUACUCCUGGUCAGGAGGAAUAGUGCAGGAUUUCACACAUCAGAUGCUGAAUUCUUCAUUCAUUAAUGCCACUAACAUGGAGGAGGACAUUAGAGAUUCCUAUCUGGGUUACUCUGUUGCUGUGGCAUCAGUGAAUGGUCAAGUUGUGUACUUUGCGGGAGCACCAAGGCAUAGACACACAGGGCUGGUGCUGGGAUUUACACAGAACCAUCAGAACCACAGCUGGACCAUAUCUCAUAGGAUAUACGGAUCACAGCUGGGCUCAUAUUUUGGGGCAGAGUUGUGUGUGCUAGGUACUUCUGAGUUGUUAGCAGUCGCCGCUCCUUUAUAUCAUGUUCAUGGAUUUGGAGGAGAGGUCCGGAUAUGCUCACUAAACACUACGAUCCCAUUAGACACUGCUCAACUCAACUGCUCAGCGUUUCUCCGUGGGGUGGUGGGGAAUGAGUUUGGCCGGUUUGGUACUUCUCUGGCAGCCAUAAAGGACCUGAAUGGAGAUGGCCUUGAAGAGUUGGCAGUGGGGGCACCUCAAGAAGAGAAGGGCAAGGGAGCCAUUUACAUAUUUUUGGGACAACCAGGAGGUAUCAGAACAGAAUACAGUCAGAGACUGAGUGGAGCAGCUGUAGGCAGUGACCUACAAUAUUUCGGAGUUGCUCUUCACUCUGCAGGGGAUCUGACCUCAGACGCUCUCACUGAUAUAGUGGUGGGCUCUAGAGGUGCAGUUACAGUACUAAGGACUCAGCCUGUCAUGUGUUUGCCCAUAAAUGUCACUAUUGACCCACCAAUCAUCCAUCAGAAAUUCUUUCAUUGCUCCGCCCCCCUCGGUCUCAACACCCCUGUUGCCACAGUUACAAUCUGUAUCACAUUAAAAGAGAUUGUCAAGGGUGAUGUACAAGAUCCUCUUGGUGCUGUGGUAUCAGUGACUCUGGAGCUGGACCCUUUGGCCAGAGUCCCUCGGCUGUUAUUUGGUUCCAGAUCAGCCUCAUUUCUCUGGACCCCCAACAGCAACUUGAGCAGCAUUACCACUGUCUGCACUACUCUGUCCAUCAUCAUCCCGGAGUGUAUUUCAGACUACCGUGAAGUCCUGCUCUCUGGCAAGAUGAAUGUAACAACUGAAGUUAUUCCAGGAACAGGAGGCCUGAGACCAGUGCUGAGCCCUGACUGCUGGCCCAAGUUCACAGAGAUGGUGGUUCUGGAGAAAGUGUGUGGAGAAGAUCAUGUCUGUAUAUCAGAUUUAAAUGUGUCUCUGUCUUUUAUGAGUGAUAUUGUAGUGAGCACUGUAGGUUACCUAGUAACUGUCUCAGUGGAGGUGUCCAAUAGCGGAGAAGAUUCCACGGACACAGAGCUUUUCCUUCAUCAUCCCACCUCCCUGUCCUUCACCCGCAUCAAAACGUCUGGUGGACAGGUGUGGUGUGAGUCCAAUCACACAGAGCAUUCAAGCAUCACACGCACAGCAUGCAAGCUUGGUGCAACAGUAUUCCGUCAGAGAGCAAAGGCCACACUGAUGAUGUCAUUCACAGUGUCUGCACCCUUUGCUGUAAAUGAGCAUCUGGUUGUCAAUGCAUCAGUCACAAGUAAGAAUGAGAACAAUGAAACAACCCAAGAUAAUCAUGCUACUACCUCAGUGGCCGUUAAACUUCCUGUUUAUGUUGUGGUAAAUGAUGGAGGGUCAACUCGGUUUGUCAGAUAUCCUGACAGAGCACAACUUGAGCAUGUGUAUACGGUGGAGAACAUUGGAAAAUUGUCUGUACCCGUGAAUAUUUCCUUUGUGUUUCCAGUGGAGAUGACGUUAGAUUUCUUAUGGAGUAUGUCUCUUCCUGAAAUAAAUGAAACUGGUACAACAUGUGAAAAACAAGUUUCCUUCAAAAAUGACAAAAGCUUCAGUCUGGCACAGCAGCACUGUGGUUCUUUUACGUGUCAUCUCACUGAAUGUUCCAUCCAGCUGUUGACUGAUCAACCAAUCAGCUUUAGGUUUACUGCGAAUAUCAGUUCAGGCAAGCAGGUGUCUGGUUUGCAAGUUAGGAUCAUAAGCUGGGGGAUUCUCUCAUUUGACACUGAGAGGUACAUCCAGUAUCCCCCUGAUGACUCUCAUCUGCUCUCUAUUGAGACAGAACUGGAGGUCCCAUCUCAGGCUCUCACAGUGCUUAUUGCUUCGCUGUCUGUCAUCUUUGGACUCAUUGCUAUGGCGAUCAUCUUUGUGCUGCUGUAUAAAAGGGGUUUUUUCAAAACAUUUUCAACUGAUGACCAAGACAACCCAGUGCCGCCAUCUGCUGGUGAAGCUAGUUUUACUACAGCCAACAUUGACCAAACUACUGCAGAUGCCCUUGUUGAAAGUGCUGCAUCUAAUGGACAGCCUGUACAUAUAAAUGAGGAGAGGUCAACCCUGUAGUUUACUUUCACCUCACUGCUUGAUACAGCAAUGAACAUCGGUGAUCAUUAUACUGAAAGUAACCAUCAUUGCCAAUUCUCUCUGUAUUUCUCUGACCUUACAAAAAUUACCAAGAUUCUGAUAUUUGACUGAUGUAUUUUUCACUUCCUUGUUGGUUUUGACCAAAGUAGUCCAUCUAUUCUUGGAUGCCGAUGUAAUAUUUUUAUUUUUUUAUUUUUUAUUUUUUUUAAGCUUCAUUUAUAGCUCAAGCAGUGCCAUUUUCUAAUAUGAACCAAAUGUUCUUAGAGAAAUUUGUGGAGAUGAAUGAAUGAAUUAAUUAAACAUUUAAAUUGUGCUUUUAGAUGCUACUGUACACUCAAAGCACUUUACAGAUUGAUGCAAUGAAUGUGCAAUGAAUGUUGCAAUUCUAAAAUAACUGUGAAAAAGAUUUUUAUUUUCUUUAGCUUUUUAUCAAUUAAAGGGUUAGUUCACCCAAAAAUGAAAAUAA